GAGCCUGGCGGGCCUCCGCACUUCCCUUUCCGGUUCCAGAAGAGCCGCGUCGGUGCCGCCUUGGUCCGUCAGGCCUCUGCUCAUCUCUCUUGAUUCAGCACCGCUGCUGUGCCGCGCCUAGGGCUCGGAUCCCGUCGGGAAAAAUGUCAGAUGAAUUUUCGUUGGCAGAUGCGCUGCCUGAACCAUCCUCUGCCAAAACGUCUGCUGUGAGCAAUGCAAAAGCCGGCCAAUCUCAAGUCUGGCCAGGCUCCAACCCUUGGAGUAACCCAAGUGCUCCACCUGCUGUGCCGUCUGGACUCCCGCCAGGUGGUGCAGCGCCCUCUCCUGUGCCUUUCGGACCAGCACCAACAGGAAUGUAUCCAUCUAUGCCUCCAACUGGACCACCUGCCGGACCCCCAGCACCCUUUCCUCCUUCUGGACCAUCAUGCCCCCCACCUAGUGGUCCUUAUCCAGCCCCUGCUGUGCCAGGCCCUGGCCCAACAGGGCCAUAUGCUACGCCAAAUAUGCCCCUUCCAGAGCUACCUAGGCCAUAUGGUGCCCCCACAGAUCCAGCUGGUACUUUAGGUCCAUGGGGAUCUAUGUCUUCUGGACCUUGGGCACCAGGAAUUGGGGGGCAGCACCCUAAUAUGCCGUAUCGACCUCCAGGGCCAUACCCCACUGCUCCACCUCCAAUGUCAGGAGCACCGCCUGUUCCAUGGGGCACUGUGCCACCAGGAGCCUGGGGACCACCAGCACCAUAUCCUGGCCCUGCAGGAUCAUAUGCUACACCAGGACCCCAUCCUACUCCAAAUAAUCCUUACCAAGUGCCUUCUGGACCCGCUGGUGCUCCACCAAUGCCUGGUGGCCCCCACUACCAUUAAGUUGACAGUGGAUGAAGAGAUGGCACGUUGCUCUUUGAAGUACAUGUACAUGCACAUGAAGGCGUAUUACAAAUGGCUGCUUCCCUGUUGGUAAAGGGCGUUCAUGAAAGAACUUUUGUACCUCAGAGAGUUCCUGCUUCGUAUGUUUGGAUAUGUAGAACGUUAUGUGGGUACAAUCAGAUAAAAAUGUAAAAGCAAAUCAUUUAAGUGUGGUUAAUGUGGUUAUGUAUAUUGAAUAACUUUUGAUAAUGUUUGUGUAAAGUAUAACUAUACCCUCAGAAUUUAAAAUGACGUGGAUUAUUGUUAAAAUCUGUAACUUAAUUGGCAAAGUAAUUCAAGUAUUUUUUAUAAUCACCCCCACCUCACACCUAUAUAACUGAAAACAAUCGCUUAAUUAAAACAUGACUCAACAUUUUGAGGUCCUCUAGCUACACAAACCAGAGCCUCUUGUUAAUAUUUUAGCUACAUAAAUGUAUUGUGUAUGUGUUUACUGAGUUUAAGCCAACAUUAUACUCAGCUCUGCCAAAAUAAGAUAAUGUUCCUAUCACAAAAGCAUGAUCGAAGGACAGGUUUGCUCUGACAGCUCUAGGAAAAUGUUGGCGCCAAAUGUACGUAGACAAGUUAGGGCUUACUAGAGAGUCAGACUGCCGUGUUUUGAACCCAGCCUCAGAACGAGACAGCAGGGAGAUGAGGCAGGGAGCUGCUGGGCAGUCACUGCAGGGCCUCAUAAUCCAGCCGCUGUCCAAGCCAGCAGGUGGAGCUGGGAGCUUUCCUCUCACUAGCGAACACCGGGGACGGACACAGAGAUGGCAGAUUCCUCUUAACACUGUGGAACCCAUGAAUCCUUUUUCCUUAGGAAGCAUUUACAAAAGGUGGUUCAUUUCUAAUGUGUUAUUUCCUUAUCAGUUCUGGUUACUGGUGGGACUAAAUAAAGAUCAUUUAUGGCUUUUUUUUUUUUGGAAAGUGCUCUAAAUUUUAAAUGACAUUCUUGCAGUGACUGAACCACAACUGGUUUGAGUCGCUGCAAAAUUCCAUGCAUGUAAUACAUGUUUCUUGGCCUCAAUAUACCAGACAACUGAAGGGGAAAACUCCUGGGUUGACAGAGCCCAUGGUCAGACCUCUCAAUAGACCAGGUGUAGGAAGCUGAGCUUGGCCAGUGGCUCGGGCAGACAUGUAACCAUCUAGCUCAGUGUGCAUGACUGCACACCUGUUCCUUUCCAAAGGACACAUCUCGUACCGGUACAUCCUGCGAGUCUGCAAGGCAGUCUGCUCUGCAGCUCUCCCAGUGUGAGCAGUCAGUCCCAUGUGUAUUACAGACCCUCAUCCACCCCAAUUUACAGAGUUAACGGAGGUGGUGGAACAUUCGGGAGGCAGAGGCAAGCGGAUCUCUGUGAGUUCAAAGCCAGCCUGGUCUACAAAGGAAGUUUCGGGACAGCCACAGCUACACAGGGAAAUCCUGUCCUGGGGGGAAAGAAGAGAGAUGCUGUAUUUGCCUCCUGGUUGGUUCAAAACCUUGUAAUGGGGAGGUCGCGGCCCCAGCCUGAGCUCCUGAUUGGCAGAUGUCGUUGCAGGCUUCCGCAUCUCAGUGUGGAGCUUCCCUUCUUGUCUGCUCUGCUGCUCCAGGUGUGAAGUUUGUCCACUUUUGGGUCAGAUUUUAGAGUCUUUGGCUUCACACAGCAAAGCAUGGCAUUGAGCUUAUGCUGGGUGUGCCAGGGGUGCCUUGGCAGUGACUGGUGACCUAAAAUGUCCCUAGUCUUGCCAGGUGGGUUCAAACAUUGAUUCACCAAAGAUACUUCCUGCAUUAAAGCCUUAUAACCGUUAAGUGCAUUUGGUGCCAACAUUUUUCUAGAGUUCUGGCUGAGCAGGAAGCCUGUCCUUGGAAUGUAACGCAAUUUUGAAAGGAACGUUUUGUUAUUUUAGCAAAACUGGGUAUAAUUGGAUUAAGCUUAUCCACAAAAUGAUUGCUGAUUCUUCUCCCGGGGGCUUCUUGGGUCUGGAGCCUGCCCUGCCUACCUAUGGAAUUUUAAGCCAAUAAUUAUCAGCUGCCAAGUUCAUCAGCUGGUGUGUUGUUGUGUUGAUGAUGGUGAUGUUUUGGGGAGUGUCGUUAGGAGAAUCUAAUGGCCCAUCCCACAUGGUGUGUUUUGGGUGGCACUUCCAUUUUAACCGCUGCUUUAUGGACUUUCCGACUGAUAAUGGCGACUUAGUGAAUUUAUUAUUAUCUAAUUUAAGAGCAGUCUUCAAAGGGAUAGCAGAAUUUUCUGUUAUUUUUAUUUUUUUCUGAACAUUUCUGCUGUUGCCCUCAGGAUAGAGUAUUUCUGGGUUCUAGAUGGAUUCAGGAAAAGCAAAUUUAAAUAAAAAGCAAAAGGUAGCCAAAUGAGGAAAAGAAUCUGGAAAAGGUUUUCUAUUUUUGUUUUAACCCAAGAAAAGAAUAAUAUUGUUUUCAGGACAGUCCAUGCUGGGCCAGGACUGGUCUACUAAAAAGACAGUUUGUCAAUAAGUGGUUGGUCCAAAUAACAGAAUUUGUUCACAUGUGUUGACAAUGUUUAAAUAAAUAUGGCAAAAACA